UUGCUUCCACAUCCACAACAAGAAUUAAAUGUUUAUUUAACAAAAUUAGAUUCAUUCUUCCAUUGCUAUUGAAUCUCUGGAAGCCAUGGAUUCUCCGCCUAAACUCUGUUCCCUCGCUUACAUUUCUUAUCUGCUGCUACUCUUGCUUUGCUCGUUCUUGUUUCCUGUUUCAUCUACUUCAUACUCCAUAGCCACAACCUCCAAUUAUGGCACCGGAAAAGUUUCGCUCCAACUCUACUACGAGUCUCUCUGUCCUUACAGCGCCAAUUUCAUUGUGAACUAUCUGCCAAAGCUUUUCGAUGAUGAUCUCAUCUCCAUUGUUGAUCUCAGGCUCGUCCCUUAUGGUAACGCCAGGGUUGGUCGCAACGAUUCCAUCACUUGUCAGCAUGGCCCGAAUGAAUGCCUAUUGAACACUGUGGAAGCCUGUGCCAUUAACGCCUGGCCAGAGCUGGAUGGUCAUUUUCCUUUCAUUUACUGCAUCGAGUAUCUGGUGUCCAAACGGAAGUACACCCAGUGGGAGUCAUGUUUUGAGAAGUUGGGGUUGAAUCCCAAGCCAAUCAAUGAAUGCUACCAUACUGAGCUUGGGAAAAUGCUUGAACUGAAAUAUGCUGCUGAAACCGGCAAUCUUGAGCCUCCUCAUAAGUACGUGCCUUGGGUUGUUGUAGAUGGGAAACCACUUUAUGAGGACUAUGAAAACUUCAUAAACUACAUCUGUGAGGCGUAUAAAGGACCUGUUCUGCCAAGUGCCUGUCAUGCUUCGUCCAUUAGUGCCAUUUGAAGAUGAAAAGCCAAGUCCAGCCUCCCAAAUAGUGCAAGAAGACAGAGAUGAUGAUAACGUUGAUAUAAUAAACAAGAAUACAAUCGAGGUGAUAGUGUUAUUUAUUCUACUGCUUGAAUGAUGUCACAUUGUAUGUACCCCCACACUCUGAAAUCGUUCGGUUUAAUUUAUGGAUAAUGCACUUUUAGUAGUGAGAUAUGAAUCGUUAUCUAUUUGGUCCAUGAAA